AAGCGCCACGUUCCAAACCCAAGCUGUAAAAGCAGAGACAAAGGCAAUGGGAGAUGAAGUCCGUUCAAACGGUAAUGUCAGUCAAAGUAGUGGCAACAGCGAUGAUCAGAGUCAUGCUACUGUAAUAGACAUAUACUCUCUGAGUAACUAUUAUUUUGGAUCCAAAGAAGUCAUACCCUUUAAGGAUGAGACCUUGGCUGAUCGUGUUCAGAGGAUGAAAUCCAACUAUGCUGCUCAUGGGUUAAGGACUUGUGUGCAAGCUGUUAUUCUGGUUGAGUUGUUCAAACAUCCACAUUUGUUGCUGUUGCAAGUAAGGAAUUCCAUCUUUAAGCUUCCUGGUGGCCGCUUGAGACUGGGUGAAUCAGAUAUUGAUGGAUUGAGACGUAAGCUGUCAAGAAAGCUUUCUGCCAAUGAAAGUGGUGAUGAGAUUGGAUGGGAGGUGGGAGAAUGCCUUGGGAUGUGGUGGAAGCCUGACUUUGAAACAUUAGUGUAUCCAUACUUGCCACCUAAUGUAAAAUGUCCUAAGGAGUGCACGAAACUCUUUCUUGUGAGGUUGCCAGAUAGUCGGAAGUUUAUUGUACCGAAAAACCUUAAAUUGCUUGCAGUUCCUCUAUGCCAGAUUCAUGAAAAUCAUAAGACAUAUGGACCAAUCAUUUCAGGCGUGCCACAGCUGUUAUCUAAAUUUUCAUUCAACAUCAUUGAAUCUUGAAGUUAAUCCAUUCAUCAUAACAGAGUGAUCUAUUUGGUAAGUGUGUGCAACCAGGAUGGAUGUGUGUGACAGUUUUUUUUUUUUUUUUAAUUCUUUUUACUGUGGCAUAAUUUUAUGCAAUAUGGACAGAUACUUGUAUAUAUUUUAGUUUUCUAUGGGUAAUCUGAGGUGAUUAAAUUUUAAUGUUGAAUACAGCAAUAUAAAUGU